GUGCUGUUGGUGGAUCAUAUACUGGGAUGUUGUGUGGAGCUCGUUGGAGGGGAAGGACUGGGAAACAGCUUUAGCAAUGUGAUUUAAUAGUGGGCGCUCCUGGUUGGGUUUACAUCCCAGUUUAAAGACGAAUAAUGAGAUUAAAUGAAUCGAGCUGCUGUUUGUGAUCAAUAUGAGGUGUAACCAGUGAUAUGGAAUACGAUGAGAGACUCGCUCGCUUUCGCCAGUGUCAUGUAAACCCCUUUGAUAGGGGUGAAAACGAUGACACUCCUGACAGGAAGGAUCCUCCAAAACAUGAGGUGAGGCCGGAGCUGUUCACCACCGAGACCAAGACCCAAAGCUCCGACCGCACCAUGGAUCUCGGCCUGGCUGAGGACCACUUUUCUCGACCUGUGGCUUCUUUUGUAGCGUCUGAUAUAGAGCAGCUAAAGCAGGCUAUAGAGGAGUGUAAGCGGCUGAUCCUAGAGCUGCCAGAACAUUCUGAGAGACAGAAAGACACUGUGGUCAAACUCAUUCACCUGCGCCUCAAACUACAGGAACUAAAGGACCCAGAGGAGGAUGAGCCCAAUCUGUGGAUCCUGCUCGAGCAUCGCUUUUCUAAAGAGAAGAGCAAGAGUGUCAAACAGACAUGUGAUAAGUGCAGUGCCAUCAUCUGGGGACUCAUUCAAACCUGGUACACCUGCACAGGUUGCUACUACCGCUGCCACAGUAAAUGUAUGAACCUGAUCACUAAGCCAUGUGUGAGGUCUAAAGUCAGCCAUCAGUCAGAGUACGAACUCAACAUCUGCCCAGAGAACGGCUUGGACAAACAGGACUACCGAUGUGCAGAGUGCCGAACCCCAAUAUCUCUCAGGGGCGUGCCGAGUGAGGCGAGGCAGUGCGAUUACACUGGGCAGUACUACUGCAGCAGCUGCCACUGGAAUGAUACAGCUAUCGUCCCUGCUCGUGUCAUCCACAACUGGGAGUUUGAACCCAAGAAGGUGUGCCGGUCAUCAAUGCGGUAUCUGGCUCUCAUGAUCUCUCGGCCUGUGCUGAAACUGAAGGAGAUAAACCCACUGCUCUUCAACUUCGUGGAGGAACUGGUGGAGAUCAGGAAGCUGCGUCAAGACAUCUUGCUAAUGAAGCCCUACUUCAUCACCUGUAAAGAGGCCAUGGAGGCCAGACUGCUUCUGCAUCUUCAAGACCGACAGCACUUUGUGGAGAAUGAUGACAUGUACAGUCUGCAGGACCUGAUCGAUAUCUCCAGCGGUCGCCUCAGCUGCUCUCUCACCGAGAUUCACACCACCUUCGCCAAGCACAUUAAACUGGACUGUGAGAAAUGCCAAGCCAAAGGUUUUGUGUGUGAGCUCUGUAAAGAAGGUGACAUUCUUUUCCCGUUCGACAGCCACACUUCUGUGUGUCAGGACUGCUCUGCUGUUUUCCACAGGGACUGCUACUACGACAACUCCACAACAUGUCCACGGUGUGCAAGAAUGACGGAGCGUAAACAAGAAGAGCCGGUGGAGCUGUAGCAACAGUGUGGCAGGCUGGUAGUGGUCCAACUCAUCACUGUGACAUCACUCAGACCAGUGCUGUAACUGGCAUUGUGAGCAUGCUUUUAUUACAGGACUACACUCCUAAAAAUAAAGGUACUACAAAAGAUUCUGUGCUGUAGAUGAACAACUUUUUGUUUCAUAUUGAUAAGAUGGAUGCCUGGAUGUGCAUCUUUUAAAUAAACAAAGUUCAUUAGUUCUGUAAAUGGUCUAAAAGUGGUUCUGUGGCAUUGUUUCAAGAACCUUUUGUAGCAGCUUAAUUUUUAAGAGUGUGGAGCAUGUCCGGCUCUCCUGUGUAUUCUGGCUUCUCUGUAUCUGUUGUCUUAAUUAUUGUCUUGUGGUUUUGUGCCAUGUUUGCAUCUUAAAUGAUUUGCCAUACUACAACACAGACCUUAAUCUGAAGGCAGAGAGGACAUUGACAGAUUUACAGGUAAAUCAGAUGUUUACCACGUACAGAGUGAACUCUAGUCCUGUAAACAUGUAGCACUACAGAUGUGAAGAUCUGAACACAGUUAAAUAUCGUAAAUUUACGAAGGUUCAAAGUUUGUUGCCCAUUCAACUACUACUACUUAUAGGGGCCAUUUUCCGAAGAGGGAUUAAGUCUAGUCUUGGACUACACAGGAGUUUGAAUAGAGACUUUCCAUUCAAGGGAAAAUACAGCCAGUAGACUAGGCUUAAUUACUGUCUGGGAAACUGAUCCAUAAGCCUAGUCAUAGACUAUAUUUAUUCUUUUAAUAGGAAAUCUCUAUUAAAAGUGCUGUGUUUUCUUAGGACAAGGCUUAAUCCCUGUCUAUGCCUCAUAACCUAUGUAUAUAAAUGGACUAAAACCUGUUUAUAAAGGUAAUGUAUCAUAAUGUUUUUAUGCAGUUAGACCUGCAUUGCACUUAUUGUGGUAUUGCAUCUCUGUAUAGACCUGGCAGAGUUUACACCUGUACAUAAAUGGUUCAAGCAGAUGAUCAAAACAAUGAUUUCCUUCACAUUCUCAAACAUUUAUUAGUUAUCAUUAUCAUGCCAAGUGACUGACAGAUUUUACCAGAACCACAAAAAUGAUGUGAAAUUUGGCACAUCGAUUAAGAGAUUAAAUUGGUUAUCUCUGCCAAUUAAAGUGUAUAGUGAUCAACAGUAAUUCACAGUGGGAUUUGUCUCUGUGUGAAUCUGUGAUUUUUCGUGUUAUUCAGUAAAUUCUCAUUUUGAGGUUCCUCAGAAUGGAUAUUGUGUAUGCACUCUAUUAUUAUUUGUUCUAAAAUAAUAUGGACUAUGCUGUGUUAUGUUUCAGCAUGUUAUUUAAUUGUUUUAUUUUUCCUGUAUUAACUAUAUCAGAGAUCUUGAUGUCAAGUGUUACAGUAUUAUGUGAAGUUACAUUUACGUCUGUAAAAUGUAAUGUUCAUCAGAUCAUGAUGUCCAACAAGUAAAACAAUAACAUAAGAACAACAAUAAA